AUGGCUUCUACCGAUUCUGUUCCCAAGGCCAUGGAGGCUCUCAACAUCUCCAAGACCAAGGAGCUCAAAGGUGCAGGUCCAACUUCCUCCACCACUGAGAAGCGAGAUACUUUGAUCGCACUCGAGAAGAAAUAUCAACAGAAAUGGCAGGACGAGAAAGUCUUUGAAGCUAAUGCUCCCACCACGGAUGAGGUGCCCCUCCACUCUAUUCCCGCCGCCGAACUUCGGGAGCAGCAGCCCAAAUUCUUUGGAACCAUGGCCUACCCUUAUAUGAACGGAACUCUCCACGCUGGUCACUCUUUCUCCGUCAGCAAGGUUGAAUUCGCCGCUGGUGUGGCACGCAUGCAGGGAAAGCGAACCCUCUUCCCCAUGGGCUUCCACUGCACUGGUAUGCCCAUCAAGGCUUGUGCCGACAAGCUCGUCGACGAGGUCAAGAUGUUUGGCCAAGACUUUUCGGGCUACAAGGAUGAUGAGCCUGUUGUCGAAGAGAAAGCCCCCGUUGCCAAGCAGACCAAAGAGGAUAUCACCAAAUUCAAGGCUACGAAGGGCAAAGCUGCGGCGAAAGCUGUCAAGAUGAAGUACCAGUUUCAGAUCAUGCAAGCUAUCGGAAUUCCCGCUGAGGAAAUCCACAAAUUCGCCGACCCUCAACAUUGGCUUCAAUACUUCCCUCCACUGUGUAGGGAAGACCUGACCAAUUUUGGUUGCCGUAUCGACUGGCGCCGGUCGUUCGUCACCACCGAUGCUAACCCUUACUACGACGCUUUCGUUCGAUGGCAGAUGAACAGUCUCAAGGCGCUGAACAAAAUCAAAUUUGGCAAGCGAUACACCAUCUACUCUAUCAAGGAUGGCCAGCCUUGCAUGGACCACGACCGAGCUGAAGGUGAAGGUGUUGGCCCUCAGGAAUAUACUGCUCUGAAGAUUAAGGUUCUCGAAUGGGCGCCCAAAGCCGCCGAGGCCCUGAAGGAUAAGCUUCCGGAUGGUGUCAAUGUUUACCAAAUCGCGGCCACUCUAAGACCUGAGACUAUGUAUGGCCAGACUUGCUGUUUCGUUGGCCCUAAGAUUACCUACGGGAUCUUCAAAGUUAAUGAGAGCGACUACUACUGUAUGACGGAGCGCGCAGCAAGGAAUAUGGCGUACCAGGGUAUCUUUGCUAAGGAGGGGGUCAUUGAGAAGGUUGCUGAGAUCAUUGGCUCCGACAUGGUUGGCACUCUUGUUGAUGCUCCUCUCUCUCUACACAAGGAGGGAGUCCGUGUCUUACCUAUGGAGACUGUUCUCCCUACAAAGGGCACUGGAGUCGUCACUUCCGUGCCUUCUGACAGUCCCGAUGACUUUGCUACUGUGACCGACCUGGCUAAGAAGGCCGAUUAUUAUGGGAUUCAGAAGGAGUGGGCCGAGCUUGAGAUCUUCCCCAUUAUUGAGACACCCACUUACGGUGACCUCUGCGCCCCUUUCCUAGUCAAGAAGCUCAAGAUUGCCUCUCCCAAGGAUACAAAGCAGCUCGAAGAGGCCAAGGAGCUUGCUUACAAGGAGGGCUUCUACCAGGGUGUUCUGAAAGUAGGUGAGUUCAAGGGCGAGAAGGUCGAGGUCGCCAAGCCCAAGGUCCGACAGCAGAUGAUCGAUGCUGGUCAGGCAUUUGCCUACUCUGAACCUGAGCGCAAGGUGGUCAGCCGAUCAGCCGAUGAAUGUAUCGUUUCUCUUAUGGACCAGUGGUACCUGGACUAUGGCGAGGAAUCGUGGAAGAAGACCGCCCUUGACUAUGUGGACAAUGGUCUCAACACUUACACACCUGAAGUCAAGAACAGCUUUGAAGGAGUUCUGAACUGGUUGAACCAGUGGGCCUGUGCUCGCUCCUUUGGUCUUGGGUCUAAGCUGCCCUGGGAUCCUCAAUUCCUUGUUGAGAGUCUGAGUGAUUCGACUGUCUACAUGGCCUACUACACUAUCGCACAUCUUUUGCACAAGGACAUUUUCGGUAAGACCAAGGGAAGCGCAAAUGUCGAACCGGAACAGAUGAUCGACGAAGUCUGGGACUAUAUCUUCUGCCGCCGUGAUUUAAGUGACGAGAUCGUCACAGGCAGCAAGAUUCCCAAAGAAACUCUGGAGAAGAUGCGCCGCGAAUUCGAGUACUUCUAUCCUCUCGACGUGCGAGUAUCAGGCAAAGAUCUGAUAAAUAACCAUCUCGUUUUCAGUUUAUACUCCCAUUUGGCCCUAUUCUCUCAAGAGUACUGGCCUCGAAGUAUCCGAGCGAACGGUCAUUUGAUGUUGAAUGGCGAGAAAAUGAGUAAGAGCACUGGUAAUUUCAUGACUCUCCGAGACUUGACAGAGAAAUACGGUGCGGAUGCUUCUCGUAUUGCUCUUGCAGAUGCCGGUGACGGUGUAAACGACGCCAAUUUCGAGGAGGAUGUUGCCGAUACCAACAUUCUCCGAUUAUAUACUCUCAAAGAGUGGUGUGAGGACAUCGUUCGGGAUCAGGAUCAGCUUCGAACUGGCGAGUUGAAUUCGUUCCAGGACGCUUUGUUCAACAACGACAUGAACGCGGUUAUCAAGGAGGCUGUUGAGCAGUAUGCCAACACCAACUACAAGCUGGCCUUGAAGGCUGGUCUAUAUGAGUUGACGAGUGCUCGCGAUUUCUAUCGAGAAGCCUGCGCAGCAGCUGGUAUAAAACUGCACCGCGAUCUUGCCCUCCGGUAUAUCGAGGUACAGGCUCUGUUGCUGGCGGUCGUUGCUCCUCACUGGUCUGAGUACAUUUGGCUUGAGGUGCUGAAGAACAAGGGCACUAUUCAUAAUGCUCGAUUUCCCGAGAUUAGGGAGGUUGAUGCAUCCCUGUCGGCAAAACGUGACUAUGUACGAACCACUGCUUCCAACGUCAACUCGGCGGAGGGUCUGCAACUGAAGAAGAAGGCCAAGGGCAAGGAGACAUCUUUCGACCCCAAGAAGCCCAAGCAACUCACAAUCUUUGUCACGGACAAAUUUCCAGCUUGGCAAGCGAAAUACAUUGAUCUCCUGAAGGAGAUGUGGAACGUGGAGGCCAAGUCGGUCAACGAUAAGGAGCUCAAUGGCAAGAUUGGCAAGAUGGGAGAGAUGAAGAAGGCCAUGCCAUUUGUGCAGAACCUCAAGAGACGACUUCAGGCUGGUGAGCCAGCGAGCGUGGUCCUGGAGCAGAAGCUGGCAUUCAACGAGAAGGAGACUCUCCUGCAGAUGGUUCCUGGAUUGAAGCGAACUAGCGGCCUAGUUGCUUGCCACAUCAUCUCAGUCGAAGAGGGCAGCAAGAAGGGAUUCAACCUCGGAGAUGGUAAGGAGGUGGAGCUUUCAGUACCUACAGCUGAGCAUGCAGUCCCUGGACAGCCAACAUUCCAUUUUGAAAAUGUCGAGGCUUGA